AUAAUGACACCAGAGCAGAGUCCAGCGACUUCCCUCAUCGACAGGACCAUCAGGAUGAGGAAGGAGUCUGAAGCCCGGAAAGUGGUCUGGGCCUGGGGGCUGCUCAAUGCCUGCGUGGCGGGCAUGAUCUAUGCUGAAAUGACGGGAAAACUGAUAAGCUCAUAUUACAACAUCACGUACUGGCCACUCUGGUAUAUUGAACUGGCGCUCGCGUCUCUGUUCAGCCUGAACGCCCUGUUUGAUUUCUGGAGGUACUUCAAGUACACAGUGGCACCGACGAGCCUGGUCAUGAGCCCCGGCCAGCAGACCCUGCUGGGGCUGCGGAACGCAGCCGUAGAAACAACGCCGCCCCGUGAGCUGGCAGCCACGGCAGUCCCCUCUUCGACGCCUUCUCCUCCCAUCCAGGGUCAAAGCGUGCUGAGCUACAGCCCCUCCCGCUCCCCCAGCGCCAGCCCGAAAUUUACUACCGGUUGUCUCACAGGCUACAGCCCUCAGCUACAGGCUCUGUCAAGCAACAGCAGUUCUUACGGCAGCGCUGUCACCUAUUCACCAGGCAGCAGCUACAACAAGGUAAUGGCCAAGCAAAAAUCCGUUCUGUAUAACUCUCCCACUGGCAAAGAAGACUAUAUGACAGACCUCAAGUCGCUGGACACCUUCCUUCGAAAUGAAGAAGAGAAACAACACAGAGUUCAGCUAGGAAGUUCAGAUUCCAGCUCUCCUUCCAGCAGCCCAACUUUUUGGAACUACAGCCGCUCCAUGGCCGACUACGCGCAGGUGCUGAGGAAGUUCCAGUAUCAGCUGGCCUGCAGGCCCCAGGCUCCCUCAGCGCACAAGGACGAAGCGGAUCUGAGCUCCAAACAGGCUGCAGAGGAGGUCUGGGCACGGGUGACAAUGAACCGGCAGCUCCUUGAUCACAUGGAUUCCUGGACCGCCAAGUUCCGAAACUGGAUUAAUGAGACUAUUCUGGUGCCGCUUGUCCAAGAGAUCGAGUCCGUGAGCACUCAGCUGAGAAGAAUGGGGUGUCCAGAGCUGCAGAUCGGAG